AUGUCAUCAGCUGCAAUCAGACCUACCCUGAAAGAUCCCUCACUCCUCAAGCAGGCUGCAUUCAUUAAUGGCAAUUGGAUCGAUGCAAAGGGUGGCAAGACCUUUGCUGUGUUAGAUCCAGCCUCGGACACUGAAAUUGGUACAUUGCCAGAGCAGACUGCCGAGGACGCACGCAAAGCAAUCGAAUGUGCAGAGGAAGCAUUCAAUUCAUUCAAAAAGACGACCCCUCGCGAGCGCGCAACACUGCUCACAAAAUGGUACAACCUUUGCGUAGAAAAUGCAGAUGAUUUAGCCUCAAUCAUUUCCUGGGAAAAUGGCAAGACGCUUGCUGAAGCCAAAGGCGAAGUAACGUACGGCAACUCCUUCUUCCAGUGGUUUGCAGAGGAGAGUCCCCGUGCUUAUGGCGAUAUGAUUCCGUCCGGUAUCAAAGGCAAUCGCGUGUUGACUAUCAAGCAGCCUCUUGGUGUUGUUGGCCUCAUCACACCCUGGAACUUCCCUCAUGCUAUGUAUGCGCGUAAAGUUGCUGCAGCCAUCGCUGCUGGUUGUACAGUCGUGCUCAAGCCCGGAGGCGAGACUCCGUUCACUGCCUUGGCUGUUGCUGAGCUCGGUCAGCGUGCUGGUGUGCCCAAGGGUGUCUUCAACGUAGUCACUUGCCUGGCCAACACGCCUGACGUAGGCAAGGAAUUGACGACAAAUCCAAUUGUCAAGAAGAUUUCAUUCACGGGCUCUACUGGCGUGGGCAAAAUUCUGAUGAAGCAAGCAGCCGACACUGUCAAGAAGGUGUCCUUUGAACUUGGAGGAAACGCACCAUUUAUCGUCUUUGAAGACGCUGACCUUGAUAAAGCAGUUGCGGCGGCCGUGGCUUGUAAGUUCAGGGGCACUGGGCAGACAUGCAUCUGUGCCAACCGAUUCUUUAUUCACGAAUCCUUAUACGACAUCUUCAUUGAGCGCUUCAGCGCUGAAGUUGCCAAGUUCAAAGUUGGCGCAGGAUUGAAGGAAGGAUCGACUCAUGGUCCCCUUAUCCACAGCCGUGCUGUAGACAAAGUCGAGUCUUUGUUGCAAGACGCUGUAUCGAAAGGCGGCAAGAUCGUGAUCGGUGGCAAACGUCUGACAGAACUUGGCAACAACUUCUUUGCGCCAACAAUUAUCAAGGACUGUACGACAGACAUGGCUUUUGCACAGGAGGAGAUAUUUGGGCCUAUUGCAGCCAUCUACAAAUUCUCCAGUGAGGCAGAGGUGCUUCGGCUUGCAAAUGACACCAACGUCGGUUUGGCUGGCUACUUCUUUAGCCAGGAUGUGGGUCGCAUCUUCCGAGUUGCGGAGGAAUUGGAGGUCGGCAUGAUAGGUGCCAACACAGGCAUCAUCUCUGACGCAGCGCUUCCUUUCGGUGGCAUCAAGGAGUCAGGUCUCGGCCGCGAGGGAUCCAAGUAUGGUCUGGAUGAAUACCUCAAGAUCAAAGCAGUGACACUUGGUGGACUAGGGCUUUGA